GCGGCCCGGGAGUUGCGGUCGGGACGGUGCCGCGCCCGCCCGCCCGCGACCCGGCGGCAGGGUGGGAGCAGUGCGCUGGGCUCUGUGCCGCGCUGCGAGUCCGGGUCCGUACCACACACCGCACCCGAAGCCAUGUCCCGCUGCUCGUCCCGUCCCUUGUUCCGCUCCUCGUCCAGCUCCGCGUACCCCUUUGUGCCUCCCGCGAGGUCCGCUCCGGGCUCCCGAGCGGCGAGCCAGGAGAGCGCCGGGGAGUACGCACGGGGCGGAUGGGGGCGGCUGCCGGGCAGGUCCGGCCUGGACCCCGGUGCGCGCAGCCCCGAAGUUUGUGGGGUGCAGGCCUUGGGCCGCAGGUGGCGAAGCGCUGUCCACAAGGGCGCCGCCCGUGGGCGGCGCUGUGAGCGCGGGGCAGCUGCUGGCCGGCAAGGCGAGAGCCAGGUUGGGCCCAGCAGGGGGUGGGGAGUGCGGCAGAGAAAUGGGGAACAGUGCGAGUGAGCAACUCCAGGAAGUCGUUGUGAAAGAAAGCCGGGAAGAGCGAGGCGGCCGAGUUGGCCGGGCGCUCUAACAAGUGCCUUCGGGGCCCCGCGCCGGGCAGCGACUGCCUGACGGUCCCUGGGUCUCGGCGGAGCGCAGCCGAGCCGGAGGGACGCUCGGCCGCUCGGCCGCUCCGAGGCGGCUGACCCAGGAGAGCCCGGCGGGGCGGACGGCGCCCUGGCUCCGAGGUCGCUCUUCGAGCCCGAGGAUCAGUCUUGGCCCCCAAAGUGCGACGCGCAGAUCCACAUAACCUGAGGACCAUGGACGGCGAUGAGAGCCAAGACAUGUCCCAAGUCUCAGGGAAGGAAAGCCCUCCCGUAAGUGACACUCCAGAUGAUGGCGAUGAGCCCAUGCCUGUCCCCGAAGACCUGUCGACCACGUCCGGAGGCCAGCAGAGCACUCGGACUGAGAGAGGAGUGGUUUCAUAUGGGGCUGACGGCUUUAGGGAUUUUCAUGCAAUAAUUCCCAAUUCUUUCUCUCCCAGUAAUGUUAAAGUAGAGACUCAGAGUGACGAAGAGAAUGGGCGUGCCUGUGAGGUGAAUGGGGAAGCUUGUGCCCAGGACUUGCGCGUGCUCGGUGCGGCGGGCGAGGACCUGGCUGGCUCCCACGGUGGCCCCGGCGGCAGAGCCGUGUCAGGAGCUGGAGGCAUCCGACUGCCUAACGGCAAACUGAAGUGUGAUGUCUGUGGGAUCGUGUGCAUCGGCCCCAAUGUGCUCAUGGUCCACAAGAGGAGCCACACGGGAGAGCGGCCCUUCCAGUGCAACCAGUGCGGGGCCUCCUUCACGCAGAAGGGCAACCUGCUGAGGCACAUCAAGCUGCACUCGGGGGAGAAGCCCUUCAAGUGCCACCUCUGCAACUACGCCUGCCGCCGCCGGGACGCCCUCACCGGGCACCUGCGGACACACUCCGUUGGUAAACCUCACAAAUGUGGAUAUUGUGGCCGAAGCUAUAAACAGCGAAGCUCUUUAGAGGAACAUAAAGAGCGUUGCCACAACUACUUGCAAACCAUGGGCCUCCCAGGCACGCUGUACCCAGUCAUUAAAGAAGAAGCCAAUCACAGCGACAUGGCAGAAGACCUGUGCAAGACGGCAGCCGAGCGGUCCCUCGUGCUGGACAGACUCGCGAGUAACGUCGCCAAACGUAAGAGCUCUAUGCCUCAGAAAUUUGUUGGGGACAAGUGCCUGUCGGAAGUGCCCUACGACGGCGGCGCCGGCUACGAGAAGGAGAACGAGAUGAUGCAGACCCACGUGAUGGACCAGGCCAUCAACAACGCCAUCAGCUACCUGGGGGCCGAGUCCCUGCGCCCGCUGGUGCAGACACCCCCGGGGGGUUCCGAGGUGGUCCCAGUCCUCAGCCCACUGUACCAGCUGCACAAGCCCCACGGGGAGGGCCCCGCGCGGCCCAAUCACUCCGCCCAGGACAGCGCCGUGGAGAACCUGCUGCUGCUGUCCAAGGCCAAGUCCCUGUCCUCGGAGAGGGAGGCGUCCCCCAGCAACAGCUGCCAAGACUCCACGGACACGGAGAGCAACACCGAGGAGCACCGGGGCGGCCUCAUCUACCUGACCAACCACAUCACGCACGCCCGCAACGGCCUGCCCAUCAAGGAGGAGGGGCUGCCGGCCUACGAGGUGCUGCGGGCCGCCUCCGAUGGCUCCCAGGACGCCCUGCGGGUGGUCGGCACAGGCGGGGAGCCCAUGAAGGUGUACAAGUGCGAACACUGCAGGGUGCUCUUCCUGGACCACGUCAUGUACACCAUCCACAUGGGCUGCCACGGCUUCCGCGACCCCUUUGAGUGCAACAUGUGCGGCUACCACAGCCAGGACAGGUACGAGUUCUCGUCCCACAUCACGCGGGGGGAGCACCGUUUCCACAUGAGCUAAGCCCCCGCCGUGGUGGGGGCUCGAGGAGCAGCACUGGCUCCGCUGCCUCCAAUGCCCACCAUGUGCACAGAACAGGGACCGUGUGCUUUUCUGUUCUGUUUCUGUUUUUGUUUUUUAAAGUGGAUUAGCUGCAAAUUUGAUUUCCUUUUGAACACAAGAUUUGUAUUGUUAGAUGCAAGGUUACGAUGCCACUCACCCCAGACGGCUGUACUGGAGCCCCCUUCCCUGUGGUUUCUAGAAUGUCCUCCUUCAAACAAUGGGUCAUUUUCACAGAGCAUCUUGUUAAAAAAGAGAGAGAGAGAGACAGAGAGAAAGGAAAGAAAGAAAAGAGGCCAAAACCUGGACAGAAAGAGCUGGUCCCAGUGGGAAGCCCCAGAAGCACACACCAGGUGUACUUUCCCAGACCCCAGAAGCAGUGAACUGCGCCUUCGAGGUGUGGCUGGGCAGGUGAGCUGCUGCAGGUGAGCGCACCUGGAGGUGCCCCCAAUCCAGCAGGGCCUGUGCUGCGGGUUCUCCCGUGCACUGUGGGGCGUUCCCCGGCAUCUACAGUUGCUUCCCGGAGGAUGACGGUAGCACACUGCCCACCAACAGCAAAGCAUCCCUCCAGACGUCGUCCAGCAUACCCUAGUGAAGGACUUCUGCUCCAGAUGAUUCUAGACCCACCAAGGAUCUGCAACGCCCUCCCAGGAUAGCAGCCCGGGAGGUGUGUGCUGGUCAGUGGUCUGGAGGCCAACUUGUUCCCCUCCGCAGUCACUGUAAACGCCACAGAGGAAUUACUCCCCUUCAUAAUCACACCUUCUCCAGUGCAUUUGAGUCAUGUUGAAGGGAAGGAGCCCACACAGAUAGUGCCCUUGAGCCAGGGGUUUCUUUGCUUACAGAACACUGUGGCAUUUUGAAACUGGAAAGAAACCAGGGGUCAGGGACCCUGAACAAUGGGACAGAGAGGAGCUGGACUCUUGACAGCUUCAAUUCAAUGUCCAGUGACAGAGAGAGACAUGCCAAGCCAAACAAACACACUGCCAAGAGCUCUCCGAGUCCCACCUGCUGGCCUGCCCACCCCUCCCCCCACCUCUCUUCCCCUCCAGCCCUCAAAGCCACUCCGUUCACGGAGCUUCCUUGUGCUCGAGACUUCAGGAUGGAGCUGAACACAGACUGUGUACAUAGGGCUUCCGCGCUCUGUUCAGCCGCUUCCCCCUUCUUCUCGUCGCCUCUCACAGCCAGGGCCAUUUGUAUUUAUGUCUCUUCUGUUGGAGAUUUAUAUUGUCACGCUGCUUUUCCUUGAAACGUUGUAUUUAAGUGAGGGUGCCUUAAGGGCCCCAGGUAAUUAAGUUAUGUUUGACAGGUCAUACACUCUCUGUGCCAAAAGCUGUUCCCAUUUUCUUCUAGAGGUAAAAGCAGGACCUGGCGUGACGUCUCCCCUUUGGUCCUCGGGUGUGUCCUGUUGUGGAACGGUGCAUGUGCUCAGGGCUGACGCACUGAGGACGGAGCCGCGCCUGCGUCUCCCACGCCUGCACUGUGUUUAAGAUAAAUGUCGGAGUGAGGCGGUGUUUGCAGGUAGAAGGCCGACCCGCCAGUGACGACAAGCAUCUGCCCAUCUGCCUGCGCCUGUCGUUUGUGCUGUCGGUUUUGUUUCCCUCUGUCCAUGCAUUUUUCUGGUUUUGUUUCAAUCACAUGGUGGCUCUGACGGUCUCAGCCGCUUGCUGAAACCAAAGCAAGACAAAGUGGACGGAUGCGGACCAGCCAGGAAGCCAAGGCCACCCUCUAUCCUUCACGUGACGUCUUCGGUUCCAGCAACACGGAAGCACCAUCUCUCCUUAAAAUUUGUAUCGCUUUCAUGUACCUCAGUGUGUGUCUGUGUUUUUUGUUUUGUUUUUUACCUUAAAAAGAACCCAAAUCAUCCCUGGCUGUGGCGACUAGUUUGGAGCAUCUCCCCAAAGACCAAAAGGUUGCAGGUUCGAUCCCUGGUUGGUGAGCGUCCAGGAGGCCACCGACAGAUGUUUCCCCGCCCACGCCCACUCUCUCAGCCGUGUGUCUCGAUGGUCAGGGUCUAAUACACCUUUCGCAGUCAGUGUGCUCUGCCAGUCAGGGCCACAUGUGCCUGUAUCUGACACAGCCGCAAGUCUCCACCUGGCCCUGCCAGACACACAGACAGGUGUGUCAAUGAGGAAAUGCCAUGGUGUUUCUGACCUGCUUCUAGGAUGAUGUUAAGUUAUUUCUAGUUCGCUGUAAAGCAGAAGGAACACUUGGAGGAAUGCCAUCCCUCUCUGUACACUUUUUGAGAUGCUUCUUCUGCAGUCAUAGAACAAAUACAUGCAAAAAUAGUCUGUCUUCCUAUAACAGAGGAAGAUUGGAACCGUGGGGGUUGGAACCCACUCCACCAUUCUUUUGAUGCUGUUUCUGUGAGCGCUGACUCUGACUAACAUGUGCGUGGUUGGUGCACGAGCACCAUGUCUGUGCAAGAAUCCCAGGAACCAACUUCAAAAGAGACAGACCCGGUCCUUCAGGCCUCCCGGCUCCGGGAGAGUUGCUGACCUUUGACCGUGGGGCCGGAUGACGUGAAGCCAGGUGACUGAACCAGGAUGAUGCGCACCUCACCGUCACUUGCCUUACCGGAAUGGACUGUGCUCAUCUGCACACAGAGAACUUUUUAAUCCCCUCCCCUGAUCUCUCUGUUCUGUUCCCCGCCCCCUCCUUAUGAAAACGUCGACCGCAGUAAGAGGGGGAGACGGGCUUUGUGACACGAGUCCCCCAUCUUCCAGGUGGCUGGCACCUGCAAAUAAACCACUUUCCUUUCCAUCA